AUGGUGGUGAUGUGGAACAGUAACCUCGUCUUCUGGAGUGACACGUACACCAAAAAGGUAUAUUCAGCGGACUAUAAUCGGGGCAACAUUAAGGAGAUUCUGACUGCUGCAGUCCACAAUGUCCAGAACCUGGCUGUGGACUGGAUCAACUUCAAACUGUAUGUCUUAGAGGCCAUGGUGGAGCGUAUCGACAUGUGUGACUUCGAUGGAGGGAACCGGGUCACGCUGGUGGCCGAAAACCUGGAGACACCUCAUGGUCUUGCCCUGGACCCAACAGUUGGGUGAGUU